GCUCCCCGCCCUCCUUUUAGCCACUUCCGGGUCUUACGUUGUUCCGGAAGCCCGCGAGUUCCGGAAGCGUGGGUAAUAGAUUCUGCUACCGAAAGCCCAGCUUUCGGGAGAAUGUUUGAGCCUCAGUUCGGUGGAGCCCGGACGUUGCGCAGACCCCUAAGACACCUUCAGAGACACCAUGGCUGCCAGAGAAGAGAGUGCGAACAGAGUGCUCAGAAUCAGUCAGCUGGAUGCACUUGAGCUGAACAAGGCCCUGGAGCAGCUCGUGUGGUCCCAGUUUACUCAGUGCUUUCAUGGAUUUCAGCCGGGUCUGUUAGCUCGCUUUGAACCAGAAGUGAAAGCUUUUCUGUGGCUUUUCCUGUGGAGAUUCACUGUCUACUCCAAAAAUGCUACUGUGGGACAGUCCGUUUUGAAUAUUCAGUACAAAAAUGAUUUUUCUCCCAACUUCAAAUACCAGCCACCAAGUGAAAAUCAGAAACUCUGGUUCGCUGUGUGCACCAUUGGUGGGAGGUGGUUGGAAGAAAGGUGCUAUGAUUUCUUUCGAAGCCGUCGUUUAGCAUCUUUUGGGAAAGUCAAAAAGGGCAUGAAUUUUGUGGUUGGGCUUUUUAAAUUAUGUGAGUUGAUGAACUUCUUGAUUUUCUUGCAAAGAGGAAAGUUUGCAACUUUGACAGAACGCCUCCUUGGCAUUCACUCUGUAUUUUGCAAGCCCCAGAGUGUUCGUGAGGUUGGUUUUGAGUACAUGAACAGGGAGCUUCUCUGGCAUGGUUUUGCUGAGUUUCUGAUUUUCCUCUUACCACUCUUCAAUAUCCAGAAGUUGAAAGCCAAGCUGUCAUCCUGGUGCAUCCCUCUUACCGGUGCUCCUAGUAGUGACAGUACUCUGGCCAGCAGUGGCAAAGAGUGUGCUCUGUGUGGGGAGUGGCCCACCAUGCCUCACACCUUAGGAUGCGAGCACAUCUUCUGUUAUUACUGUGUUAAAAGUAGCUUCUUGUUUGACAUGUACUUUACCUGUCCCAAGUGUGGCACAGAAGUGCACAGUGUGCAGCCACUGAAAUCAGGAAUUGAAAUGUCAGAAGUGAACGCUCUUUAGAAACUAAAUUGUUUCCUCUGAGGAAAAAUCUUUUGUGCUCAGGUCCUUGGUAUUAGUCAUCCUCCAUUUGAUGUGUAGGUGUCCUUUAUGAGGCAUGUGCUGCUCAGUCACUGUCCUCUGUUCCUUUCCAAGCAUGACUAAAUUCUAAUCACUGGAAACUUCAUGAUUCUACAGGAUAUUAUAUAAAUGUUCAUGUUACUUCUUUUAAAUCACCCAUUACAAUCUGUAAUGUCACAAAUAAUGGAAAAUUUUUUCAGAUGACUACUAAGAGUGGCUACUGAAAAUGCUCCUUCUUAGGAAAAGCUUGGACUCUAAAAAUAAAAGGUUGUUGAGACUCCGG